AUGAAACGUGGGAGCUGGAUCGCGUUGCAACAUAGUCACAGCAGUGCCAGCGCGCACCCAGCAAGUGAACCACAAGAGAGCUGGACUGCGUUGCAACAUGGAUGCAACAGUGUCAACACGUACCCAGCAGAGGAAGGCGGGAGCAGGACCGUGUUGCAACAUCGUUGCAACAGCGUCAACGCGCAUCAAGCAGAGGAAAAGCGGGACCAGGGAUCACGUUGCAAGGUUGCGACGCACCGGCAGCGUGAUCGGCGGCAUGCCUUCAUUGCCAGUGAGAAUGGUCCUGCUGGCUUGAAAGAAGGACAGGAAGUGAUCCUUAAGAGGCUCAAAGUUGAAGGCUUCGACCUGGCGCUAGAAGAGCUGUCAAGAGAAAAGGAGAGCAUCGGUGUCGACACAGGUGUCAGUCUCAAGAAGGUGGAGCGGAGGGACGUGGAGGGCAUCAAGUGCGGACAGGACGUUGUGCUGAUCGCAGAGGACCAGGCAGGAGGAGGACACACAGGAGGAGUGCACGGAAGCACAUAUGCCAGCAUGAGGAUACACGCUGGAGCAAUGAUUACAGGAGUGGUUGGAAACACACGGCAGAGGACUAAGCAGGAGCAGCCGCUAGUGUGGUCUUACAGAAGUAUAGGAUUUUCUGGAUCAACAGGAUAG